GUUGCUUUUCACAUUGAGCCAUACAAAGGAAGAGAUGAAGUCAACAUGUUUACUAAUGUCAAAUAUGUUAUUGAAAAAUACGGAGAACACCCAGCAUUUUUCAAGUACCGGACAAACACUGGCAAACUUCUUCCACUUUUUUACGUGUACGACUCGUAUUUGAUGAACUCGGAGCAAUGGGCCAAGCUACUGAAACACACAGAGAGCGGCAGCAUCAGGGACACCCCGUACGACGCCAUUUUCAUCGCCCUGCUGGUUGACGAGAAGCAUAAGAUAGAUAUACUGACGGCGGGGUUCGAUGGUCUCUACACAUACUUUGCCACCAAUGGGUUUUCCUACGGCUCCAGUCAGCGGAACUGGGUCUCUAUCAAAGCUUUCUGUGAGGACAACAACCUGAUCUUCAUUCCAAGCGUGGGUCCGGGAUAUGUCGACACAAGCAUUCGGCCGUGGAACUUUCAGAACACCCGAAACCGGAUCAACGGCAAAUACUACGAAACCUCGCUGAGCGCCGCUUUGGAGACCAGGCCGGAUUUUAUCUCUAUAACAUCUUUUAACGAGUGGCACGAGGGGACUCAGAUCGAAACGGCGGUCCCUAAAAAAAGCCAAACGGUGUACUUGGACUAUCUGCCYAAUAAACCAACAGCCUACCUGGAGCUAACACGCAAAUGGGCCAUCAUUUUUGGUGGUGAGAGACAAAAAUGGCAGGAGUGAUCAUAGCAAAAUAUUCAUUCAUAUGAAUAUAAAAAAUGCACAACAAAAUACAAAUGAUUUGUUAAAAGUUAGAAUUUUUGUAACACAGAGCAGAUAAUGACUUUAUUAUCCUGAUUUUGGCUGAAUGAUCAUGAUUUCUUUCACUUGAGUAAAAUACUGUUAAUCAUGUGUUUGAUUCAGAAAUAAUCAGCAUGAUUUAUCAGUGGUACCACCUGGAACUGAAAGGAACUUUUGUUUUGCCUUUAUGUGAUCUGUGACUUUUUUAGUCAAACUCUUACACAUAUAGUGCACUAUUUGAAGAAAUAAAAGAAUAAGAAGUUAACAAAAGCUGCUUUUAUCUUUUCAUCUUCACCUCAGCCCAAAAAAACCCAAAACGAGUAAUUUCAAAGGCAUGCCAUAUUUAUAACGAGUCAUACUGAGGAAACGACAAUUGUGCAAUAGUUCACAUGGUGUCUGAAUGUAGAUGUGGUGGCACGGUGACAAAGUGUUUGCACUGGAAUUCACUGGAAUAAAUGCUUUGAUUAGAUAACGGAA